CGUGGCGGCGGCAACUACAGCGAAAUGGCGGAGACCGUGGCUGACACCUGGCGGCUGAUCACCAAGCUGCAGAACCUGAAUGACGCCUACGGGCCUCACAGCAACUUACGCGAGAUCGAUACGAGCAACCCUCAGACGGUGGGGGUCGGCCAGGGCCGCUUCACCACCUACGAAAUCAGGGUCAAGACAAAUCUUCCUAUUUUCAAGCUGAAAGAAUCUGCUGUUAGAAGAAGAUACAGUGACCUUGAAUGGCUGCGAAGUGAAUUAGAAAGUGAGAGCAAGGUUGUAGUUCCCCCGCUCCCUGGGAAAGUGUUUUUGCAUCAGCUUCCUUUUAGAGGCGAUGGUGGAAUAUUUGAUGACAAUUUUAGUGAGGAAAGAAAACAAGGGCUGGAGCAAUUUAUAAACAAGGCUGCUGGUCAUCCUCUGGCACAGAAUGAACGUUGUCUUCACAUGUUUUUACAAGAUGAAAUAAUAAAUAAAAGCUAUACUCCAUCUACAAUAAGACAUCCCUGACAUUUGGCAAGAAGGGGCAAAAACGUGACUAUUAAUGAUUAACAUGCACCAGUGAAGAAGUUCUAACUUUUACCAUGCUGCUCAGAAACUGGUAUAACAUGCCUUCAGUAUGCUAACACUCAUGCUCGGUUUUGUUUUGGCAGUUGACAAGAAGUUAAUUUGCUUUAGCGAAAAUCCGUCAUUCAAGCCUUUCUAUAUGAAUAGCUCUUUCUUGCUGUUUUAAUGUGGGGCACACUAUAGCCUCACAAACCCGUUAUUCCAAUGUCAUCUGCAGUGUCCUAACUAAAGUUGCUGGCUUGGUCUUAUUUGCACAGUUUUUGUGUCUUCUUUGCUUCUUGCAUUUGAUUAACCACAAUAUUUCUCUUUCCCCCUUUUAAUGUGUCUGUGUCACUUGACCUAAUUUAUGUGUAGGAGCACCACACCAUUGGUUUCUAAUACUGCACACAUAAGACACAUAUUUGUGUGCAGAAAGUAUCUUCCUUUAGGCUUGUAAUACCCUUCACAUGGAAGAUUAAUGAGGGAAAUCUUUAUAAUCUGUAUAAAAACAAAAUCAAAUUUAUAUACUAAAAUCAUUUGUCCAAAAAUUUAAGUUGUUUUCAAAUAAAAAUUAAAAUGCAUUUCUGAUAUGCACA